AUGAGUGACAGGAAUCCAAGAUCUCUCAAUCCACUCCACUUUCCAUCUACUUACACAACUUUUCCUUCAAUCCCAACUUGGACAUCCUCUUGCACCCCUUCCUCCCCUUUUGACAAGGGGGUCAUGCUGUAUAUGAAUCAUCUAAGCAAGGAGGAGCUACAAAUAUUCAAGAAGCUGUUACUGGAUGAACACUUGCUGCCUCAUGUGGACCACGUCAGGUGGCGCCAGCUGAAGACGGCCAGUUGGGCAGAGGUGGUUCAUCUCUUGACAGAAUACCUCCAUGGAAGGCUAGCUUGGGAUGUGACUUUCAGCAUUUUGAACAAAAUGAACAAGAAAACAAUUUGUUCCCUGGUACAAAAGGAGCUAAAAAGCCUUCUACAUACUUUGGAACCAGAGAUCAUCAAUCUAAGAGAAACAUCAAUCAGUUUGGAGAAAGAAGAGUCUGAUAAAUUACUGAAAUACAAACAACAUGUGAUAGAAGAGAACCUACCCAUAUGGAACAAGACUGUUUGGCCUGCAAACCAAGCAGACUACUUGUACAGAGAUGUAAAGAAAUACAUGGAGCUGUUGCCGUGUCUCUUUCUGCCCCAAAGUCCCCAGGGUCGACAGCCUAAAACCGUGGUUAUACACGGAAUUCCUGGUAUUGGAAAAACAACCCUGGCCAGAAAGGUGAUGGUGACGUGGGCGCGAAGUGAAUUCUACACCCACAAAUUCAAGUAUGCCUUGUAUUUCCACUGCCAAGAACUGAAUUGGGCAGGAAAGCGCAGCUUCUCUGAGCUGAUAGAACACCAAAGGCUUGAGUCUCGGGCUCUCGUGUCCAAAAUUUUAUCCAAACCAGAUCAACUUCUGCUCCUGUUUGAUGGCUUUGAGGAACUCACAUCUUCCCUCACUGAAAGACCAGAGGGUUUGAGUGAUGACUGGAGCCAGAAAAUGCCUGGGUCUGUGCUCCUGAGCAGUCUGCUAAGCAAAAGGAUGCUCCCGGAGGCCACGCUUCUGAUAAUGAUAAGACCAACCUCCUGGCCAUCACUUAAACCCUUAAUGAAACAUCCCUGUCAUGUCACCCUUACAGGAUUUAGUAGGACCGAAAUAAUCAAGUAUUUCAGGGCCUAUUUCAGACACACAGCGAUAGCUAAUCGAGUUGUGGAUUUUGUUGUGGAAAACAGCAUUCUUGUGGCUCUGUGUCGGGUCCCUGCGGUGUGCUGGGUGGCAUGCCGUUGUCUGAAUGAGCAAAUGAAGAAAAUGAUAAAUCUCAUAAAGGCGUUUCCAAAUGUAACGUCUGUGUUGGUCCUGUAUCUGGCCACCUUGUUUCCAACAAUAUUUACAAACCUUUCCAACCAGAAUCACCAAGAGCAGCUGGAGGGUCUGUGUCACGUGGCUGCCCAGGGCAUGUGGAACAUGAAGUGGGUGUUUGAGAAGAAAGACUUUCAACGAGUCAUGGUGGAAGAGAUGAGCAUCGACACCUUUCUUCAAGUGAAUAUUCUUCGAAAGAUCAAAGGUCAAGAAGACCGUUACGUGUUUGCUCUGUUUAUUUUCCAGGAAUUUUUUGCCUCCUUGUUUUACGUCCUCUAUUUCCCAAAAAGACUCAGACAGUAUCACCUAUUGGGCCGUAUGGAAAUCCAGGGUCUGGUGGCGGGACCUUCAAUAGGCAAAACCUGCCUGACUCAGAUGGCCCUGUUCCUGUUUGGCCUUUUAAAUGCAGCCUGUGCUCACAUUGUGGAGAAAUCCUUUAGCUGCAAGUUGUCCUUGGGAAACAAGUCAAAGAUCGUACGAGUCAUGACGCAGUUGAACAAACACGAAGCGCCUUCGGUGUGCUGCGGGGUUCCACAGUUGUUUUACUGCCUGGCUGAAAUCGGGGAGGAGGCCUUCGCACGUAGCGCACUGUUGGGUUAUCGGACAGCUUCUUUGAAUAUCCUGGCCCAUGAAGACCUUCAAGCAUCCGCGUUUUGCCUUAAGCGCUGUCGAGAUUUGCAGAAAAUGGAACUGUCUCUCUCAGAGGACUUCUCCAAGGAGCUCUGGCCUGUUUCAGCAGGUUCCCCCAGUGCCACUGAAACGAAGGAGAAGGAAAUGCAUUUGGCCUGGUGGCAAGAUGUCUGCUCUGUGUUCAGAACAAAUUAUGGUUUGGAAGUCCUGACAGUGACAGACUGUGUCAUGGAGAACCUAUUCAUGAAAGUUUUUACUGAUGCCCUGAAACAGCCUUGCUGUAAACUCCAAAAGCUAUAUUUAAAGCAUGUGGGUCGUAUGUUGCAUGAAGAUUUUCUCUGUGUUUUGACUGAAAAUCAGCAUCUGAGACAGCUGAAAAUAGAGUCCACAGAAUUGGGACAGGAGGCCAUGAGAUCCCUUUGCUCAGCACUGAAAUCAGCCCAGUGUCCCCUGAAGUAUCUAAGCUUGGGGAGCUGCACCGCCCAAUCUAGAGACUGGAUUGAUUUUGCCAGUGAUCUGCAGAGGAACACAAACCUGAAGACUCUGAUGCUGAGAAAUAACUGCCUGGAAAAGUUUGGGAUGUAUUACCUGUCAGUAGGCCACCUCAGGAAGCUUGUGUUGGAGAACUGUAACCUCACAGAGGCGUGUUGCGAAGGCAUUGCCUUCUCCCUCAGGCACAGUAAGAUGCUGACCCACCUGAGCCUGGCAGAAAAUGCCCUAAAGGAUGCAGGAGCAAAGCAUAUCUGGAGCGCUUUGGAAUAUUUAAUGUGCCCGCUGAAGAGGCUGGUGCUGAGACACUGUUCUUUGACCUCAGCCUGCUGUCAGGACAUGAUCUCUGCUCUCAAGAACAAUAAGAGUCUGAUAAGUCUGGACCUGAGUCUCAACAGCCUGAGGAAUGAUGGGAUAAUCCUGCUCUGUGAAUCUAUGGUAGAGACGGACUGUAACUUGUUGAUUCUGGAGCUGGAGCAGUGCAUGUUCACCUCCAUCAGCUGCCAGGCUCUGAGUUCCAUGCUCUGCAGGUACAAGAAGCUGAGAUACCUGGACCUGAGCAACAAUGACAUCGAACUCCAAGGCAUACUGACCUUGAGUCGGCCCUUCCUGAGCCAAUGGGCAGUAAACAAGGUCAUUCUGGAGAAGAAAGUGACUGAUGAGGUGGACCCAUACACUAGACUGAUGGGGCCAGAUGUGGAAGAGGGCUUUCUGAGGAUUGUGCAGAACUGGAACUCUUAGUGCCACAAGCUGCCAGACAAAUGCAUCUGGUGGCCCUCCUGGCAGAUUCCUCCUAAUUAAAACUUGGGGAACACUUGGCUGGUCUGCAGGCCCUUCCAAGUCUAGAAUGGGGCACAUCAUAGGGCAUGACUUCAAAAACACUUCCUCAAAAUUAUGGACUGCCACUAUGUUCAGAUGCAGAGUUGUCACAGAGGUGGAGACAGGGAGGUUAGGAGAGUUGGAAAAUACCUGCUUUACCUCCCCGGGU